GCCAUUCGGCGGCUUCCCUCGAGAUGCAGGAGCUAGGCGCCCAGAAGAUUGCAAUGUACCCCACUCUGAUCACCUCCGUGAUGAUGCCCAGAGCAGCAGCGGAAGUGCAGAUAGACCCUGGCCUGCUGCCAGCCCUAAGCCACUGCCACCUCGAGGAGCUGAAUUUGGAUUGGUGCACAGCUGUCCCUGCCACGGUGUGGCAGAAACUUGGCCAUGGCGUUGAUUUUCAGCAGCUCACCAGGGCAAGCUUCGUAGAGUGCUUCAACCACGAGUCCAAGGGCGCUGAGGGAGCCGGGGGGCUGCUCUCCGCCCUUCGCGCCUGCCGCAACCUGCAGGAGUUGAACAUGCGGGGCUGCUCCGAAGUCCCCGCAGCUGCUUGGCAGCUCCUGGCCACGGCCAGCUGGGAGCAGCUCAGGAAGGCAAACUUCUCUCGGUGCUUCAACCGCAGUUCCAAGGGAGCCGAGGGUGCAGCGGGGCUGCUUGCGGCCCUGAGCCGAUGCCAGCAGUUGCAGGAGCUCAUUCUGUCCCACUGUGAGCACAUUUCCGUAACGGCAUGGCAGCUGCUCGAGAAGGGGGUGGGCUGGGAGAAGCUCGAGAAGGUCAGCGUUUAUGAGUCCUUCGGUGGUGGUGAUUGCAAGGGCGCAGAGGGCGCGGCCACGCUUCUGAAGGUCCUUGGCAGCUGCCCCGAGCUGCAGGUCCUGGACAUGGACGACUGCAAUCAGAUUCCGGCAACCGCCUGGCGCCAGCUCGAGAGCGCGAAGUGGACGAAGCUCCGAGACGUGAGAUUACAUGAGUGCUUCAACGCCGAUGCCAAAGGCACCGACGGCGUGGCCGAGCUUUUCACGGCGCUGGCCCGCUGCCCGGAGCUGAAGGAGGCAGCCAAUGCCUUGCUCGGAGUGGUGGUUUGGGGUUUACCUAUAGUCUCCAUUGUAGUUCCUGUUUUUGGUUUAACCAAUUUUAGGGUACCGGUUUGUUUUUCCUAG